AUGGCGAUCGCGAUCUCGCAGGAGGCCUUCGAUGACAUGGUCCGGGAGAACAUGGAGGACCUCGGAAUGGACCCCGACGAGGCCCUCGCCGACGCCGUCGACGCCCUCACCCUCCAGGGCGCCAACCUCUCCGGGAUCAUCAGGCGCGUGCCUGGGGACGCCGUGGCGGAGGAGGUGAACCCGGUGAUGCGGGUGCUGGACGAACUGAAGGCCUCUGCCAGUGGUAGGUCGGGGGAGGAUCUUGACAGGCUGGUCUCUUUGCUCGACGAGUUGCUCGAGCUGUGCUCCGGCGAGGGGGCGGAGAAUGCGGCCGUGGCGGCACGGAACGGUGGCGUGGAGGCGCUCGUCGCCCUGUGCGCUUCGGCUGGGGUUAUGCAGGAGGGGCUGCUUGCUUCGGGCUUGAAGGCGCUGAGCUCCCUGAUCCGUGAUGUUGGGAGCACUGAAAAGUUCAGGCAAAGCCAAGGGCCCAAAAUUGUCAUGGAUAUCUUGAAAGGAGCCCUGGAAAAUUCAGAUAUACUCGAUGGUGGUUUUAGUGUCGUGGCAGCGGCAUCUGCUGGCAAUGAAGUUGUGAAAGACGCCUUUAUGGACUUGAAGGUCGAUGAACUCAUUCUGGAGGUUAUGAGGAACAAAUCAAAUAGUAAAGUGCAAAGCGUGUAUGAUGCCAUACGUGUUCUGUUGACACCCGACGAUAACCGAGUGGUGGCUUCUCAAGUAUAUGGAUAUUCCAGGAAAUUUGCAGAAAUUGGCGUCGCAGAAGUUCUUGUCAUCGCACUCCGCGAGCAAGUUGCUCCAUCCAGCUUGCCAUCAGCUUGUGCUGCUUUGAAGGCAAUUGCUGUUAAUGAAGAAAUAUGCCGGUCCAUAUCUGAAAAUGGUGGGAUUGAUGUGCUUCUUAAGUGCAUCGAUGAGGCUGGCGUACAAAAGAACAAGGUUAUAGCAAAAUCUUGCUGCUCUUUGCUGUCUAAGCUGGCUGGAAGUGAUGCAAACAAGGCCAAUAUCAUUCAGCAAGAUGGUUUUGACAAGUUCUUGAAGUUAGCGUCUAGAUUUUCUGAAGACCCGUCAGUAAUACAGGAGGUAAUGUCUAUCGUGCAAGUCCUUACAUUGCGGUCACCAGACCAUGCAGCCCGUGCAGUCGCGCUAGGCUAUGGCACUCUGGCCAUACAGACAAUGCAAAAGUUCCCCUCCUCCGCACUGACUCAGAAGCAAGCAUGCCUUAUGAUUCGCAAUCUCGUGGUCAGAAACCCUGAAAACAGGACGAUCUUGCUUAACGAAGGCGUGGAGAAGCUUAUCAGGAAAGCCAAGGCAAUACAUGGAAGCUGCAAAGCUGCCGCCACAGAUGCCUUGAGAGACCUGGGCUUGGACAACUACAAUGCGUAG